AGGAAGAAGGCAAGAUGGCGGACCGGGUGCAGCGUAUUUUCUGAGCUCCGUCUUUUUGUCCUAAUUUUACACAUACUUUAAAAUCCACCUCAAUUCUAUGUGAUCGUAUGAAUCUCUAAUACAUCAUACCGACGCUUUAACCAUACAGUGCUCCGGAAAUUGCAGCAUGAAGACGAACAAGAAGCUCUCUUCAGCCCGCAGUAGCUCGGAGAUUUACGGUCAUGAUGAUGCUAAGAUGGAGGUCUCUACCGAGAGCUCCAAAAGAAAAGAGCCUUUCUCUCCAGCGAAGAACCCACCAGCAACUAAAAAGAAGGACACUGGGUCAGAGGAAGAUGUCCAGCAGCUGUUGGUGAGUAAAGAAGAGCUUCCACCUGAGCAGCAGGAGUGGAGCCACAUUCUGGACCAGGAGGACACUAAGCCCCAACACAUUAAAGAAGAACAUGAGGAACUGUGGAUCAGUCAGGAGGAAGAACAGCUUCAAGGACUGGAGGAGGCUGAUACCACCAAGUUCCCCUUCACUCCUUUUUCUGUGAAGAGUGAAGAUGAUGAAGAGAAACCUCAGUCCUCACAGCUUCAUCAGAGACAAACUGAACAGAUGGAAACAGGAGCAGAAUCAGAGAGAGACUCAGAUCCAGAGAGACGUUUACAACCAGAGACUGAGGUCGAGAUAGAAGACUCUGAUGAACCUGAGACUGAUGACAGUGAUGAUUGGCAAGAGACAGGAGAAGAUUUGUCAGAAUUAAACCUGAAAAUUAAGAAACUAAAGACUGGUAAGAGACCACACAGGUGCUCGGAGUAUGGUAAAAGAUUUAACCGAAAAGGGACUCUGACCAGACACAUGUUGGUUCACGCCGGAGAGAAACCCUUCAGCUGCUCUGUUUGCUGUAAAAGCUUUACCCAUAGACAAAGUCUGACCAGACACAUGUUAGUUCAUACAGGAGAGAAAGCUUUCAGAUGCUCUGUUUGCAGUAAAAGCUUUACCUUAAGACAACAUCUGACCACACACAUGUUAGUUCAUACAGGAGAGAAAGCUUUUAGAUGCUCUGUUUGCAGUAAAAGCUUUACCCAAAGAGGAAAUCUAACCAAACACAUGGUGAUUCACACUGGAGAGAAACCCUUCAGCUGCUCUGUUUGCAGUAAAAGCUUUACCCGAAGAGGAAGUCUGACCACACACAUGUUAGUUCAUACAGGAGAGAAAGCUUUCAGAUGCUCUGUUUGCAGUAAAAGCUUUACCCAAAGAGAACAUCUGACCACACACAUGUUAGUUCAUACAGGAGAGAAAGCUUUUAGAUGCUCUGUUUGCAGUAAAAGCUUUACCCAAAGAGGAAAUCUAACCAAACACAUGGGGAUUCACACUGGAGAGAAACCCUUCAGCUGCUCUGAGUGUGGUAAAAGGUUUAGUUCUAAGGGAAAUCUUACCAAACACAUGAUGAUUCACACAGGAGAGAAAUGCUAAUCCUUUGCAAUGUUAAAACUGAUCAAAAGGAUUCUAAGUUAACAACAUCACUAAUGUGUAUUCAUAAGUAUGUAUUGACUAACAGAUGUAUAACUGUUGUUAUAAAGGGAUAUAAGACAAUUCUAUUCACAGGAAACAUUCUGUACUUUUUUGACAUUGAUGUUUUGUUGCUGACAUGAACCAGUAAGUUGGGAUCAGCUAUGACGUUUAAAUUUAAAGUGUUUAUAUUGUUGAAAGAUCAGAAAGAGUUAUGCAAUUGUUGAAUUUGUUUUUAUCAUAUAUGUACUUUUUAUGUUCAUUAUAAUUUAAUCAAUUUAUGAUGUACUUAAUAUAUUUACUUUUUCUUCUAUUAUCACUUAAUCUUUUCAUCAUAUUCAUUCAUAUGUCAUAUAGUCGCUACGACUUUUGGUUUUUGGCUUUUAUAUUUCCUGUCAAUCCUACGCACCUGUGAGGUCAGGAUAAGUGUGCCAUACUUUGAGCAAAACCACAUACGAGCUCGUAGGCAUAUAGUGUUUCUGCGUAUCUGCCUGGUUCACGGUCUUCGAGCUAAAACCACAUAUGAACUUAGUAUCACCUGUGUUACCUUGUAUGCUUUGACAUCAAAACCACAUAUGAACUUAGUAUGACCUGUGGAUGUAUCUCGUUUCUGCGAAUAUGCAUUGUUGAUGUUUUACAGAAUCUUGGAAAAAAGAGACCGUCUGGCUAUAAAAACGCAGUGGAAAAGCUGAUCGGGGUUCUUUUUUACUUUUCUAAAGGACUCCAUGUCACUCUGACUUUUGAAUCCCCAUUUUGGGACUUAGUCUGAGACCAAGAUCUUUUAAAACCUCAAGUGUCUACACUGUGUCUACACUCUCAGGUUUAGACUCUUGUCUUUGUGUUUUGCUUUUCUUUUUACAUUUUUAUAUUUUUACUUUUACUGUUUUGUAUUUGCAUUUGGAAUAUCAUUUGAAGUUUUUUAAUACAUUUUCGGAAACGUUUUGAAAUAAUUUUCUGACUGAAAUUAUUCACACCACAAAGACCGGAGUCUCCCUUAAGGACCCUGUGAACCUCGGAAGGUAAGCUUGAGCAGUCACACCACGGCACACUUCUACUGACUUUUACUACACACCUCACACACACCUAACAUCCUAGCGGGGAGAGAUUAGUUAUUCCCUCUCCGGGGGGUAAUCUAGAGUCCUAUACCAGGGGUUAUUCUUGAAUCUAAUUAUUCUAGAAAUGAAUGUUAGGCAGAUAAUCCUAGGGCUGUGAUUAUAACAAGUCCUCUGUCCUCCAAAGGGUGUUAGCGGAGUAAUUUUACAUAGCUCCAGGUACUAGGAAAGAGUAGACUAGCGGCUGGUAGGGAGUGAGCUCUCACUUAGUUCUAGGAAAGAGUAGUCUAGUUAACUAAUGGGUGGUGAGCUUCUGUUAGCUAUAGUAAAGUUAUUCACCCAUUUUUUGCAUGUCCAGGACAUGCUACAAUAUGAAACAGUUACAGUGUAAGGACUCUUCUUCUCUCCUGAUAUAUUCUCUUCUUUCUGUCACUGUUUCCUUGGAGGCCUCUGUGUUGGGUAGCACAAGUUCUUCAAACAGCUUGUGUAACUGUAGCAGCCCUCGACCAAGACAACAUAUGAGGAAGGGUGGAGUUCGACUGAUGCAAUUUAUUUAUUUCUUUUCGAGCACCAUGAAACUAGAAUAA